AAGGAGACUAACACACUCGCAGUGAAACUUAAGGGGCACGCUUCGUCGCUUCGUGUUUUAUACCCCAAACCCCCCAACACAAUCGAAGUCUCUUCUCUUGUUCCCUAAAAUCGAAUUUGGGAAAGCUAAAACCCUACGGAAAAAAAAUCGUUUCCUUUUCUGAUUCGACUAAAAAUUCCCCUAAAAUGUCAAACAAUCAAAAUUCGAAUCUUCCCUUGGUGGAUAUAGGAGGAGGUUCAUCCAGAGCAAGUUCGCCGUAUCAUUUUCCACCUGGUUGUCGAUUUUACCCUUCCGAGGAGGAGCUUCUAAACCAUUACCUCACUGGGAAAAACAGUUCCGUCGCCGCCGAUCGCUCUGAUGCGUACGGAUCCGAUUUUAUCAGGGAACUUCAUUUGUACGAUUAUAAGCCGUCAGAUUUACCGGAGGGCGCGUGCUUUGUGCACGGAUAUAAGGGGAGAAGAAGGCACUGGUUUUGUUAUACCAAGAGUAAAGGUGGGAGGGGGAGGAGAAGGGCAAAGGGUGGGUUUUGGAGGAAAAUUGGAAAAGUUAAGGAUGUGUUUGGAGGAGGAAAUGUUAAGUUGGGGACUAGAACUAAAUUUGUGUUUUAUGAGAUGAAUUCAGUUAAGGCUGCUCUUAGGACUCCUUGGAUUAUGUAUGAGUAUGCACUUCUUCACCGCCACAAGGCUUCUUUUGUGCUAUGCCGAGUUUUCAUCAAAUCUCGAGCUAGAAAUAGUGUAUCAGAGAAUGUUUUAAGUUGUGCAGAAGAAACUGUUUCAGCUAUACGUCACAUCGGAAUUCAGCAUGAUGGAUUUCUGAGACCUGACACUCUUGAAGCUGAAAUCAAUGGUGAUGACUUUACUAAAGAGCUAGAUGAUCCAAUAACAACUGGACCUGUUUCUGUUGCAAGUUUUGAGUUUCCUUCAGGCAUUCCACCAGACCUGCCCGAUGAUAUGGUGGGGCCUCGGCUAACUACCAGUGAGUUACUUUCAAUUAUAGAAGCAGAUUUUAUAGAGUUGGACGAUCUCAGUUGAUUGUUCAUCAUACGCACCAUAAAGAAAAUAGGACCAGUUACCUUCAGAAAUAUCAAGAGAAUGAUUAAUAUAUUCAAGAAUCUAAUAGGAAAAAAGAAAUUUUCGAAUCAUAUGAAUAGAGAGAAUUCUAAUGGCAGCAUCACUCACCUCGUAAGGCAGCACUCAUGUGACUAAUAUCAAGAACUUUGCUUCAGAAUAAUUUAUCUAGAAGCUAUGUUUCAGAAGAAUCAAAUUAUCUGGAAUUUUUCCUUCACAAGAAUUAAGUGUGUGGUACAUUGGACGGGUCUGAUAAUUUUCAACAUUGGUUGCUUCACCUGGAUUCCGUGUUCUCUUAUUUCUCUGGUGAUGGUGGGUCGAGACUUUUUGCUCACUCACUUCUCAAAUGCCUUUAUUUGGGCAUGUCUUUCUUCUUCUAGCCUGUUUUAUAUCGUUUCUGAGCUUUCUCAUUGCAGAACUGCACACAACUGUAUAAUAAUACUGUUUUCCUUGAAACAUCCAUGUGGCCUCCCUUGGGAAAGCCAUUCCUUUUUUAAGACUGUCUGUAAUCCACUUUGAAACGCCCUUGCUGUGGUAGAUAAAUUAGACGAUUGAAUCUAAAUAAAUUAGGAUGAAACUGUUUUAA